AUGACCAUCAUGGUCAUGAUUUUCUCAAUUACAAUCGGUUUAAUCAACGGCAACGGACACUCUGGACAGGCUAAGGGAACCAGCGGGCGAAGAUAUCGCAAGCGCCGCAAUGCGGCGAAAUGCGCCAUCCGGUCCACCACCCCUGCUCCCCACCACGUCAGCUCUACCAUCCGUCCAGCCCGUAAGGUUGCAGGCCGCCGAUUUGCCUCAAAGCGCAGAGCGGUAUCGAUAGUCCACAGAAGCGGUAAGAAAUCGAUCCGCUUCUCUCGACGCACCGGCACCUCCCGAGCAGAAUUUCGGUUUCUGCUUGCUCGCAAACGCCAACAGAAUCGAUCAAGGCGCUCGGCAAGAUUUUCACUCCGUCAAGUCCCAUCAGAGCGGAUCUGCGCAUCGACUGCAAAGGUCUUCGCAGGCGCUCGGUAUGCAAAGGUCGGGAGCAGCGAGCAUUGCUUCGCAGGGUUUUCCCUUGCAAGCGAUCUCCUCGCCAUCAUCACAGGUAAAUCCAGCUGGGGCUUCCCCAGCUUCCCCAGCUUCCCUGUAUUCCGGGCCAACGACUGGAUCAACAACAUCCGGAUCGCCUUACCGCCCGUGGUCGCAUAUCCCAUUUUUGGGAUUACACCUGACUCGACCGGCCCCUCUGGCUCUUCACCACCUCCACCAUCCUCCUCAAGGGAUAAAGGCAAGGGAAAGGCGACCGGUAAUGACGACGACGGUGACGAGGGGUCUCCUGGACAAUCACAGGAAACUCAAUAUCGUGAUCCUGAAUCCUCGCCGCCUCCACCAUCUUCGAGGGAAUUGAAGGGUAAAUGGAAAGCAAUCGAUAAUGAAGACGAGCCUGAGGAAGACCGCCUUCAACAUUUAGAGGACGCAGAACCUAGAAGCGUCAAUACUUCUUACGACAGGGCCAUGGCGAUUAUGGGAUGGCAACUGUUUUAUCAAGAUCAGGAUGCCAACUUCGGCGAGGUGAGCGAGGAAGCUCCCAAGGCACCUCCGCAGCACGAAUCGAGGGCAUUGGCGGCUCAAAACGGCCUGCAGCGGCUGGAGGCCAUUGUGCUACCGGGAACUGAUGCGAUAUCGCACAGCACACCGCUGGCGUUUCCACUACAGGCCCGCCGCUCCGACCUGCGAUUCGCGAGCUUGUCGAGCUCCUGGCGGCAGCGCAACCCGACGGUACAAGGAAGCUCAGACCAAGGCGCUGACGACAUGCCGUCGACCUCGAUUGUCCAGUCAUCCAGCUUUGACCAACCCCGAGCAUUUGACCAGUAUAUCGACGACAACGCCUCGGAUUCGGACGACGAUAUUACUGAACAGGGACCACAGGAUGCAAUCGACGUCGACAAUACUCCAGACACCAAAAUGUCGGGUGCCGAUGAAUCGGGCGAUGGUAGCUCGGACGACGACGACUCAAGCUCGGAGUCGGAGUCAGAGGACGAUGCGAUGGAUUCCCGCAUCGUCAAGCCGUCCAAGCGGCCUGGUAAAUCGCGCAGGGAAGACAACAGCGAUGAUGACUCGAGCUCCGAGUCAGGAUCUGACGAUGAAAUGGUGCCCUUGCCAAUUUCAAAGUCGAGGAGGCAACACACCCCGUUUCCACGCGGGAUGUCAGUCGACUCGGAGGACGACUCGGAGGACGACUCGGAUGACGACUCGGAUAUGGAGCCCGAGGGUGAUGUCCCAGACACACGAAUCUGCCGGCCGCUUGUUCCACCAAGCAAAACGGGUGAGCUUGACCGCGCGCUGAUCGCGGUCAAGAUCAGCGAGCCUGCGUCAAACCAGGCUUCGGGUUCAGCUUCUGGAAGCGCCAGCGGGUCGUCGUUAUCGUCUCAAGGUGUGCCGCCGGUGGGUACCGACCAGCCAAUGGAGGCAGGUGGCUCGGAACAGCCAUCUGCACCGAUGCCAACGGUCAAGAAGCCCUCGUACUACGUCUAUAGGUCGAAGUUGCACGAGUAUAUGGAGAGGAUGGAGGUUGCGGGACCCAGUAGCAGUGCUGCGAAUACUGGUAACAAUGCGAGCACCAGCGGAACCUCGCCUUCAGUUCCCUCUGCAGACGGCACUGGUGCAUCCCCUCUGGAUGCUUCUGCAAGCGGCAGCGGUACCUCCCCACAGUCGGAUCCCACUCCAAGCGGCAGUGACAGCUUGUCGAGCGACAAUCAAGCGCCCGCGGAUGUCAGCACCACCGCACCUGUGCCCGAGGCUGAAGAGGCUACCGCUACCGUCGCCGCUGCAAUCACUGACACGCCGCCAUCGCUAGAAGAGCGCGAGUCCAACGCCGCGGCGAUAUCGGAGCAGACUGCGGAGCACCCAACGUCGGAUGCCUCUGGAUCAGCAAGUGGCAACGGCAGCGUCUCUCAGCCUCACGAGUCGGAUCCCCGGGCGAGUACGAGUAGUGGUAAUGAUGGAUCGGCGAACGACGAUAAUCAAGCGCCCACAGCCGUCACUGCCACCGUGUCUGCUGAUGACACCGCCACCGCGCUUGAAGAUGCCGCCACUGCCGCCGCGCCCACAGAUGCCGCCACUGCCGCCGCACCCACAGAUGCUGCCACCGCCGCCCCGUCCACCACUGUCGCCACCACUGCGCCCGACGUUGAACAGUCCGCGUCCACCACCACCACCACCGCCGCCGCUGUGCCUGAUGCGCCACCGCCUGUAGUGCAAUCGGCACCUCCACAGAUCCCGGCUCAAGCUCAGGUUCAAAAUCAGGUAAUGGCCAACUUGGACUUGCUGAACUAUAAGUACGAUAGAAUAGAUGGGCAGCCGAUCCAGAAUGGCUUGUUUAGUGCGGGUGUGGGGAUGUCGAUGAAUCCAAUUUUCCCGCAAUACAGUGGGUUGCAAGUGCCCACGUCCGUCCUGGCCAGUACCUCCGUCGUCGUCCAAUCGCCGUCAAUGGCGAUUGGGAAUCCAAGUCAACCCCGCGCGUUACAGAUCUACGAGCCUGUACCGCGCCAUCCGAUUUCGCAGCAGGUGCCUGCAUUCCUAGACGACGCCGGCCGGUGGUCAAGCACCACACACCCAUUCCAGCCGCAUGCCGAGUCAUCGUCAUCGCAGGUUUACACAACGGCCGGCAAUGCACCCCAGCAGCAACAAAGCCUGCCAUUGCCAUUUGGUGCACCGGCUCCGGAUUUACUGGCUCCGUCCAGUAGUCAAGUGCAGAUCCAGGUUGGAAGUCUGAACUACCAGCGCAGUGGUUAUGCGCCAAUCAAGCUGGAUUCAGAUGAGGAUAUCGAUAUCGACAUUGAGCUGCCUGACCUCGAGUACCCGGACUUCUCACCGCGAUGGCAUCCUCAAGACGUUGAAAUGAAGAUGGAGGAUAACUGGGAGCUCGACGUACGGCCUGUCAAUACGCUCGACGAGAUUAUGUCGAGUUUUAUGCCGGCACCGCAAGUCCACGAGCCGCAGGCCCAUUUGCAAUGGAACCCAUUGCAAUGGCGCGACAACGGACACCUGCGACCCGCCAGCCCGAUCUCCGACUCGGAAAUGGCGGACGCCACAUUCAAGAGAGUGGCGGAAUGGAGACAGCAGACCGCCGCCGCUACCGCUGAGCACCAACAACCGGCCCACAGCACUCUAAGCGCCGCCUUCUACGACAAGGAGGAGCUAAUGGAGGAUGUGCAGCAGCUGCCACCACACCCACACCCACAACCUCACCCAGCCCCACAACCUCACCCGCACCCGCACCCACUGCCCCAGCCCCAGCCCCAGCCGCACUCGCACCUAUAUCCCCAGCCAAUGCCGCAGCUGCACGUAGCCAUGGAAGUCGAGUUCGAACCCGACUUCAACGUGCUAGCUGAACCGGCGUUCGACGUUCCACAGGCAGCGCCAGUGCCAGUUCCAGUGUCAGUGCCAGCGCAAUGGUACACGGCUGAAAAGGCCAAUUAUCGGUCUGUGCAACGCGCGCGAGAGGUGUUGACUGAGGCUUGGGUUGAAACACAGGCUAGUGAUCCGGCCCCCGCUCGAGUAACACCGCCGCCGCCGCCGACAAUAUCGACCCCGCCACCAGCAAUAUUGACAUCGACACCACCGCCGCACGUGCCGACCGAGGACCCUUCGACAUCGACGCCAUCAACCGAAGCAGUAUCAGAACCAGGACCAGUAGCAGAACCAUCGAAGACACCACCACCACCCGUUAAUGCCGGCCACGCCUCGGACCGUACCGAGGUCGUUACAGUAAGUACAUCCGACGGUAGCACGGCAAGGGAGGAGGAGGCGGGAAAGGGAGAGGACGCUCUCCCUUGCGCGCCGCCUGCUCUUCUGGCACCUGCCAUCGAGAUCAGGACCUCCGCCGACGCGGACCAUGGAGAGGGCCACGAAGCUGGCCUGGGCCAUGGUGUGCCGGCGGAGGAGGAAGAGAAGGAUGCCACUGAGGAGUCUGUCAAUACCAGAAAGCCGCUCGGAGAUGGAUGCCUAAAAGCCCGUACGACGCAAGCGACAGCCUGCCCAUCGUCCGAGCCGCGGGGUAUUGAGGGACGCCUGGUGAUGCCUGAGCCGUCUGAAGGCUCGGAAGAGACAGUAGCGAAGGCCGAAAUCGAUGGUACUGCUACUACUGGUUCUGAAGAUGGCGAUGGUAAGAAGGAACUCUCGGAGGACUCGGAGGAUAAAGGUGUCGAAGAAGCGGUUCAAGUUGCUGAGACGGUCACAGUUUCAAGCACCGUACCGGCACAGGUCGACAGCGCGGAGGAUACCACCACUGCGGAGGUUCCCACGGACGCAGGGCGUAUCGCCAACGUCGAGGCGGCACCGCAGAGGACGUCGAGGAAGCGGCGAGUGGAGGAGGUGUACGGCGCACACGUCGACACCGAUUUUGGAAGGGUUGUGAAGCGGCAACGGACCGAUCCUGGGCCCAGCGCAGGCUUGAGCAAGGUGGCAGAGGCAACGGAGGCAGCGGCAACGGAGGCAGCGCCAGUGACGGAGACGGCUACGGCUAUGGCGGCAGCGCCAGUCAUGGAGACGGCUACGGCGGCAGCGACCGAAAGGGUAACGGCGGCAGCGGCGACGACAGCCACGCUGGACGAAACGGCGCACACCGACGCGGAGCACAAGGACACAGCGACGCCAGCGCCGGUUUCGGUUCCAGAAGUACUAGCGGUGUCCAACGCAUCGCGCAAACGCUGUCGCGACUCGGAGGACGAGGACUGUUCGACGCCACCUAGCAGCUCGCCGUCGGGAUCGAAAGCAGGGGAAGAGGGGACACGGGACGAGGCAGAGCAGAGGCCUGUCAAGCGUGUUCGCACUCUGCCAUCGGAUGAUGGCCCGAUCUCCUCGCGCCUUCGAGUCCGUGUUAAUGGUCGGUUCAAGGGGCAGUCAAAAAGUUUUUUUAAUUUAUCUUUUUAA